AUGCAGGUCGACCGGGCGACGGAGUUCGCGCCGAUUAAAAACGCGGCGACGGCGCCCGGCGCCGUCGACAGCCCGGCAACCGCCGCGCGGCUUUUGCUCGAGCUCCACACGCGCUGGGCGGUGGCCGCCCUCGCCGGGGCCGAUCCCGCCGCCCCGGGGGCGAUCCCCGCGCGGGAUCGCGACCGGGCCCUGGCGAUCCUCCGCGAGGGGACGCGCUGGGUGGAGAUCUCCCCUUUGGUCUCCUACGAGGGCGAGGGUCUCCUUCCCUAUGUGGAAUACCUCGUCCAACGCCUGAUUCGGACGUCGGAUGCGAUCGUUCUGAUCGACCCCGCCAUCAAUCGCCCGCCUGACGUCACUAAUGAACUUGCCGUGGCCAAAAUGUAA